AUGAAGGAAAUCACCCGUCUCGCGGCCCUGUCACUAGCCGCCAGCCAGGUCUCGGCCCACUACAUCUUCCAGCAGCUGUCCAUUGGCUCGACCAAAUACGCCGUCGAAAAGUACAUCCGAGCAAACUCAAAUUUCAACCAGCCGGUUGUCGAACUAAACUCGACCGAUCUGAGAUGCAACGUGGGCGCAAACGGCAAGGUCACCGACACCGUCACGGUAAAGGCGGGCGACAAGUUCACCUUUGACCUCGACACGCCCGUCUAUCACCAAGGCCCCGUCUCACUGUACAUGUCCAAGGCUCCGGGUGCCGCCUCAGACUAUGACGGAAGCGGGGGCUGGUUCAAGAUCUAUGACUGGGGCCCCAGCUUCGGCGGCGGAUCAGCAACAUGGAACUUGGCCGGAUCCUACUCGUACAACAUUCCGUCCUGCCUCGCAAACGGGGACUACCUUCUUCGCAUCCAGUCCCUUGCCAUCCACAACCCGUGGCCGGCCGGAAUCCCGCAGUUCUACGUGUCGUGCGCACAAAUCACGGUGACGGGGGGAGGAAGCGCAGCCCCGGGCCCGACCGUUCUCAUCCCCGGCGCCUUCAAAGACACGGACCCAGGCUACACGGUGAAUAUCUACUCCAACUUCAACAACUACACAGUACCGGGGCCCGCCGUUUGGAGCUGCGGAAGUUCCGGCAGCAACCCGGUCACGACGCCAGGGGCGACAACCGCCCAGCCCUCGACCUCGACCUCGACCUCGACCUCGACCGCCAAGCCCGCCACCACUUCCAGCAGCACGACGCUGUCGACAUCGACGCGCUCUGCGGCGCCUAGCACGACCACGACACCUGUGACGUGCGUCGUCGCCAAGUACGGCCAGUGCGGCGGCAGCGGAUACAUUGGGUGCACUGUGUGUGCGAGCGGCUCGAGCUGCUCCGUGUCUAAUGCGUAUUACUCCCAGUGUCUCUGAGUUUGAGCUGCGCGCUGCUGUAUUAGUGGUGGGGUUUUCUGCAUAGAUAUGCAGCGUUGGCACGAUGUAUAUGAUGAGGUAUCCGGGGAGUUGCCUGUUGUGAGGCAAAUAUGUUGUG